AUGAUGGAAAAAAAGAUAGAGACUCUAAACAUCGCUCCCAUACCAUCGGAUACCUCAUACGAAGAUGUCGAGCCCAAUGGCUUCGAUGCAGUCGCUACCAAAAAGCUUCUCCGCAAGCUGGACUGGCACCUCAUACCAUUCAUGUCACUCAUUUACCUCCUAUGCUUCUUAGACCGCACCAACAUCGGCAACGCUCGCCUCGACCAUCUCGAACAAGAUCUCAAGCUACACGGCCUACAGUACAAUGACUGUCUCGCCGUUCUCUUCCCCUUCUACAUCGCCGCCGAGAUACCGUCGAACAUCAUGAUGAAGAGGACCAGGCCGUCUAUCUGGCUGACGUUCAUCAUGUUCUUCUGGUCAUUGGCAAUGAUCCUGCAAGGCUUUGUGAAGAACUAUUCUGGGUUGAUGGCUACACGAGUCUUCCUCGGAGUGUUCGAGGGGGGGCUGUUUCCGGGUGUUAAUUACUAUAUCUCGCAAUGGUAUGUAAGAGACGAAUGCGGCUUCCGCAUGGCCCUCUUCUUUUCUGCUGCAACGCUCGCCGGAGCUUUUGGCGGCGUCCUAGCCCGCGGCAUCGCCGAAAUGUCCGGUGUUGGAGGAAAAGCAGCAUGGGCAUGGAUUUUCAUCUUAGAAGGUCUCCUCAGCAUCCUCGUCUCAACAAUAGCAUACUGGUGUAUAUACGACUACCCCGAAACUGCCCGUUUCCUCACUCCCAAAGAACGCACAGAAGUCCAACGCCGCCUCCACGCAGACCAUGGCCACCUCUCCAACGAUUUUGACAUGAAAUACGUCUACCAAGCCCUCACCGACUGGAAAAUAUACAUCUUCAUGCUAAUCUGCAUGGCGGGCUUCUGUCCCAUUUACUCCUUCGCCCUCUUCCUGCCCACCAUCAUCAAGAACAUGGGCUACACUGCCAACGACGCACAACUGAUGUCCGUCCCUCCAUACGUCUGCGCAUGUUUCUUCACUAUCGCUGCGAGCUGGUAUGCUGAUCGCGUAAAGAAACGUGGUGUCUUCUUGAUGGGCUUCCAGGUCGUGGCUAUUGCGGGCUUUGCUAUGCUUGCUGCCACGGGAAGGCCCAGUAUACAGUAUGCGGGUACGGUGCUCGCGGCUAUUGGGAUUUAUCCUCAGAUUCCGUUGGGUAUGGCAUGGAAUAGUGGGAAUAUUGGGGGCAGCUUGAAGAGGGGGACGGGCAUCGCUAUGCAGGUUAUGGGUGGGAACUGCGGAGGUAUCAUUGCGAGUUAUGUUUAUUUGUCGCGUGAUGGGCCGAGAUUUAUUAUUGGGCAUAGCAUUUUGAUCGGGUUUGUAAGCAUGGCGUUCUUCCUCACAUUCUUCAUGUCGACAUGGUGUCGGACGGAGAACGCGAGACGCGAUAAGAUUGCCCUGGAAGCUGGGUCGCAGGAGUUGACCGAGGAGCAGAAGUUGUUGGAACGCGAGCUUGCCGAUAACGUGCCGUGGUUUCGAUAUACCACCUAGAAGUGGGUUUAGUGGUUCGAGUUGACGGUAAGAUCUGACCUUGGGUGUCAUGUGCAUACUAAACCCAUGCGGGUCAUAACUUCAUUAUGGCAUUAAGAAUAUAACAGUCUAUGUAUGAUACAAUCAACAAUUACGCUCAGAGCAUUCUGGUGGGUUGCGUAGGCUGCAUGGCCCACUCCGGAGGGUCCUCGUCAUAUCUCCUCUCCAUUGGUCGGUUGACCUGCGUUGGUUGCAUAGAUGACCAGAUCGGAGGCCCCUCGUCGUAUUGCGUAUCGAACGCACGUUCAACAUUUGGUACCAGCUCGACGGCUUCGGCCUUCUUGACCUUUCUGAGCUCUUGCUCCUCCAAGAGUGUCUUC